AUCAGCCGCGCAGCCAUGGCCGGCGAGGAAGUGGCGGGCGAGGAGUCGGCGGGCGGGGAGGGCGGGCUGCUGCUGGAGAUGGUGAGCUCGCCGCUCAACCUCAGCCUGAUGGGGCUCUGCCUCUUCCUCUUCUACCAGAUCGUGCGGGGCGAGCGCGGCGCGGCGCCCGCCGGGGAAGGGGAGCCGCCGCCGCUGCCCAGAAUGCGGCGCCGCGACUUCACGGUGGCGGAGCUGCGCGCCUUCGAUGGGGUGCGCGACCCGCGCAUCCUCAUGGCCGUCAACGGGAAGGUCUUCGACGUGACCAAAGGCAGCAAGUUCUACGGGCCCGACGGCCCAUAUGGGAUUUUUGCUGGAAGAGAUGCAUCCCGAGGCCUUGCCACUUUCUGCUUGGAUAAGGAGGCUCUGAGGGAUGACUAUGAUGACCUCUCUGAUCUCAACGCUACACAGCAAGAGACCUUGAGGGACUGGGAGUCACAAUUCACUUUUAAGUAUCACCAUGUUGGUAAGCUGCUGAAGGAAGGGGAGGAACCCACUGUAUACUCUGAUGAAGAAGAAAAAGAUGCCCAAGAUGCAAAGAAAGACUAGAGAGUGCAGUGAGAAACAAUCUAUUCUUGAAUCAUAAAAGAUCAUUUCUAACAUUACUCUUCUGUUUUACAAAUUGCACCAGCAGCAAUGCUUGCAAAAGGUCCAGAGUUACUGUGAAUUCUUUUCAAAGGUUUGCUUUUCAAAUUCAGUGGUUAACUACUAAAGGUCUGAGAUCUGUCUUCCUUUAACCUGCAUAAUCUGAAGUAUGCACAAAAAAUGCCUGUGCAAAACUAAACUGUAAUUUUGGCAAUACAGGACUAUUACUGUUUUUCUUCUAAAAAAGUGGCAAGUAGGUUGAAAUCCAGUUUUUCAUUGACAGCCUAGCACUGUGGACACAAGCACAAGAAUAACUUCACAUAUGUAACACUAAUUCCACUAAAUCUUUGUUUUAGCUUCUGUGGGACCUGGGCUUUGGGUUGUAAUUCCUUUAGGAAAGGGACUAUAUUUUAUUUGUACAUGAUGCAGCUUACUCACUUGUGGCACAAUGUAAUUCAAUAUUAUGUAAGAUAACUUGGCUUUUAAGACAUAGCGGCUUACAGAUGAAACACUAACCGCUUUAAAAAAAGAUAAGAAUUUUUGAAAGGUUAAAUUACUUUUAGAUACUUACAAAAUUAAUAAGGAGUGAUGAAUAUUUGAUGUAUUCAGUCAUGCAUAAUUAUGCAUGGAUUAGUAUUCUUUGUUUACUUUUAAACCACAUCUGAAGCAUUACGGAGGUUUAGAUAAGGAGUGUAACUAGGCAUCCAUAAAAACCAGGUACACUAUGAAGUGUCACUCGACAGGACUACUACUCCUGCACUUUUCCUCUUAGGAAAACUUUUUGUGAGUUUUAAUGAAAUUAUAUUAAAUGGGGAAGAUCAGCUGCUCUUGAUUCCUAAGCCUAGAAAAGAAGACUUGCCGGCAGGGCAGGAUUAACAAGUACUCUUGUACACUCAGCUUCACCUAACAGAACAAUGUUAAGGGCCAAUGUUACUUAACACGAGUUCUCUGUACAAAAUAAAAUAACAUCGCGUAAGCAGUUUCUGCAUUGAGGCCUUUGUUGCUCUGGAAUGCGGCCAUGAAAAGAAACAGCACAGUUUCAUGCAUAACCAGCAAUGCUAGACCUGGAGACCUGACCUUUGCAUUGGUUUUUACUUACUUGCUCUCUCAGCUCACACCUCUGCUCAAUAGCUGCAUUUGUUCUGACUGUGUAACCGAGACUCCUGCCAGAGAGGCUGGGUAAAUGGAUUUGGCCAAGGAAAAAUGUAAAUCUGUUCCUUUGUCAUCAAAAUACUCUUGAGCAAAAGCUUUUUUGGAAAUUCCAAGGAUAUAACUAGUGAUGAGCCAAUCACUCCAGAAUGAGUUUCUUGUCCAGGUGAUUCUGUUGGGGUCCCUGUCCAGUCCAGUGCCCUGGGAUCAGUUUCUCUGGUUUGGCUGUUCAGCCAAGUUGUUUCAAUUUGGCAACAGGACCAAAAUGAUUAACCGAGUCCUGCGUGGGAAGGUGUAAACUAGGCGGAAUUGGUUGGAGGUAGAGUGCAUUGCACAACAGCAGCUUUCAUAAACAAGUUGAUGCAAUGUGGUAAAGUUGCCUGAGAGCAUCUGUGGUGGGAACACGUGACUUUCCCGCAGCCUGAACGCUUCCAUGGCAUUUUCUUUUGGUGACCCUGGGCCCUCAGAUGAAGAGUGUGGGUGUCUGAGCUACUUAAUGAAUGUCUAGAGACAAAUGUAAAUCUUGUCAUGACCUUUCUGUUGCUGUUUUAUUUUUAGAGACAUUUAUACUCUUUGCCUACUACGACUAAUGGUUUACCUCCAAUGAGAAAUGGGCUCAUGUUUGUUUAACACAGAAAAUAAAAUACUCUUGCAUAAU